AAGCGAUCCGGACCGGAGCGCGCGACCCCUGGGGUUCAGAAUCUGAUCCAGUCAAAACAUCUGCGUGAGGCUCCAUGGAGCCGCUGAAGAACAUAUUCAGCCGCGGCCCACUGUCCAACUGGAAGAAUCUGGACCAAUCGCAGAAGGGGAACUUCACCAACCCCGUGUGGACGGCGCUGUUCGACUACGAGGCGUCCUGUAAGGAUGAGCUCACCCUGCGCAAAGGCGACCUGGUGGAGGUCCUCUCUCUGGACUCCGAGAUAUCGGGCGACGAGGGCUGGUGGGCGGGCAAGGUCAACAACAAGGUGGGUAUCUUCCCGUCCAACUACGGCUCCUUCAAGCCCAGCGGCUACGGGAAGCUCCCCGGCAGCGGCGUGGUCGGCGAGCUCAGCCCGGCCGUGGUGGGCGACUUCGAGCCCGAGCAGGUGGAUUUCCGGGAGCUGAGCCUGGAGGAGGUCAUCGGCGUCGGGGGCUUUGGGAAGGUGUAUCGCGGUACGUGGAGGGGCGAGCUGGUGGCGGUGAAGGCCGCCCGGCAGGACCCGGACGAGGACAUCAGCGUGACGGCGCAGAACGUGAGGCAGGAGGCGCGCCUCUUCGCCAUGCUCACGCACCCCAACAUCAUCGCCCUGCAGGGGGUCUGCCUGCAGGAGCCCAACCUCUGCCUCAUCAUGGAGUACGCCUCGGGGGGGCCGCUGAGCCGGGCGCUGGCGGGCCGCCGGAUCCCGCCGCACGUCCUGGUCAACUGGGCCGUGCAGAUCGCCAGGGGGAUGCUGUACCUGCACAACGAGGCCAUCGUCCCCGUCAUCCACCGCGACCUCAAGUCCAACAACAUCCUGCUGGCCCAGCCCAUCGAGAACGAGUGCAUGGAGGGCCUGACGCUGAAGAUCACCGACUUCGGCCUGGCCCGGGAGUGGCACAAGACCACCAAGAUGAGCACCGCCGGCACCUACGCCUGGAUGGCGCCCGAGGUCAUCAAGUCCUCCACCUUCUCCAAGGGCAGCGACGUGUGGAGUUAUGGCGUUCUGCUGUGGGAGCUGCUCACGGGCGAGGCCCCGUACCGGGGGAUCGACGGGCUCGCCGUCGCCUACGGAGUCGCCGUCAACAAGCUCACCCUGCCCAUCCCCUCCACCUGCCCCGAACCCUUCGCUCAGCUCAUGUCGGAGUGCUGGGACCAGGACCCCCACCGCAGACCCAAUUUCGGCUCCAUCCUGGCCCAGCUGACGGCCCUGGAGCAGCAGGUGAAGGAGGAGAUGCCGCAGGACUCCUUCCACUCCCUGCAGGAGGACUGGAAGCUGGAGAUCCAGGACAUGUUUGAUGAGCUGCGGGCGAAAGAGAAGGAGCUGCGGUGCCGCGAGGAGGAGCUGAAGCGAGCCGCCCUGGAGCAGAAGUCCCACGAGGAGUUCCUGCGGCAGCGCGAGCAGCAGCUGGCCCAGUGGGAGCAGGACGUGUUCGAGCGCGAGCUCAGCCUCCUCAUCCUCCACCUCAACCACAACCAGGAGAAGCCCAACGUCAAGAAGAGGAAGGGCACCUUCAAGAAGCACAAGCUCAAGAGCAAGAACGGGGAGAAGAUCAGCAUGCCUCAAGACUUCAUCCAUAAGAUCACAGUCCAGGCGUCCCCGGGUCUGGAGAAGAGGAGGAACUCCCCGGACCUGGGGUCGGGCUCGUCACCGUCCUUCGGCCCGCGGUUCCGCGCCAUCCAACUCAGCCCCAGCGACAGCAGCAGGGCGUUCGGUCUGAGUCCGGUCUGGCCCCUGGAGGCCCCCUCUCUUAAGCAAGCUAACGGAGACCUGAGGCUGAGUCCCCACUGGAGGCCUCAGAGCCCCAAAAGUCCCAAAAGCCCCAAAGUCCUGCGACUGAGUCCCCAGGAAAGCAGUCUGUCCAUGAGAGCCAAGCUGCUGGGAUCGGACAGUAAUGAGAAUGGAGAGUCCAAGGAUGACUUUGAGGAGUACCGACCCUCCACGCCCACCCCUCCUGCUCAGAACGGCUCCUCAGUGAAGGACAGCCUGCGGCUUCCUCUACCUCAGGGGGACUCGGGCAGCGAGGAGGGCGGGUCCUCCCCAGCGGGAUCCCCCAGGCCUGAGAGGGGCUCUCUCGGUGGCCUGAUUAAAAACACCCACCGGGCCCUGCUCGAUGGCGGCUCCCUCCUGGCUUCUGUGGGACUGGGUCGCUGCCUGGACAUUCCUCCCAGGGUGCCCCCUCGAACUAACCCUCCUCCUCCCUUGGAGGAUCGCACCCCUUCUGAACUUGAGAUCUCCCCCCCCAAACCCCUGGCUUCGGACCCCCCGGUCGUGGAUGAUCUUAUCACCUUCUCCACUUCUGAACCGCUGCCCAAGCAGCUCUUGGAAUUGGCGCUGCAGUACCAAGAACUGAAACCCCUGCCCCUGACGCCGCCUCCGCCGAACCCCCGCGAGAGGAGCGGUCCCCGGACGCCGCAGACGCCGCGGAGCCCCCAGAGUCCUCGGCCCUCGCUGAGGCACGACAGGAGUAACCCAGGAGAUUGGACCCCCAGUUCUAGUUCCUCCAACGGGGAGCUGAGCUGCGAGUCUUGGGAGCACCGGGCCGAUCGAAGGAGGAGGUCCAGUCAAGGCCUACACUCUUCUCAGCUAGUGUUGGACCUUCCCUUGUGCCAAGACACGCAGGACUCUGAGGACAAACCCUCUCUGCCCUACAUCAAUCCGGCCCUCUACAGCCCCAAAACCCGUCGGCUCGAGGUCAGCGUCAUCCCCCGGCCCCGCCCGUCCCCCAUCCGCCCCCGCAUCGACCCCUGGAGCUUCAUCUCGGCCGGCGGCAGGAGCUCCGCCGGGGGCCGCUGCCCCAACCGCUCGGACAGCAACCUCCUGAGCCACCAUCCCUCGCCCACCAACCCCUUCACCAACUGCGACCCGUUCCCCUCGCCCGACUGCGACCCUUUCGCCCUCAAGGCCGACCCCUCCAGCGGCUCGGACGUGGCCUCGCCCUUCGACCCUUUCUCCGCCCCCUUCUCGGCGCCCUUCCCCACCUCCCGCUCCGCCCCGUGCUCCGCCAACGGCUCCCCGACUCUGCCGUCGUUCCGGAUAGCGCCCAUCAACCCGGCCGACUCCCCCCUCAUCGACCUGGACUGGGCGGCCUGCGGCAGACCCUUGGACGGCACCAAAGAGAGGGCCCACCCCCGCAGGAUACUGGGACUCAAACCCUUCAAGUCCCCGACGCAACUCAGAGACGACCGCUUCUGAAUAGAGCUUUUUCAAUCACCGGAACACAAUUCAGGGCUGCUUCCCUAAGUCCCAGAAAGAUUUGGAUUUCUCAUGGACCGUUAUGGACCCUGCAGGGGGGUUUGGCGGGGAUGGGGGGGGGUUCCCUCAUGGGAGGCUGGGCUACUUCGCCAGCCCGCCGCUUUGGAAAUCAGAAAGCCAGUUAAGGUGGUACAUUGAAUGGCUUCCCCCACGUCUCUAUUCUUCUUCUCUAUCUGUGUUUGUCUGUCCCUUUGAAGGGGCCGAACACAGAUCACAAGUCCCAUCUUCAGAUCCUAUCAGACCGCUCGCACCGCCGGCUUUCGUCUGGCUCCCUCCCUUUGAAGCGCCGCGACAAUGCAGAGGUGGAUAAAGCCACUUGCACAGCUUCAUCUGCCUCUACCUCUCUGCAGACUGAAAGCGUUCAGCACAAUGGGAAAUUGGAGUGCCUUAUUUCGUGAAAUGUCUCUUUAAUAUAUGUCUCCUCAAGCUUCCUGGAACGGUUCACCAGGCGCGUUCAGGAAGAGGCUCCGAAUUCGUCUAGAAUCAGCUCAGCGUCGCCGUGUCAGAAAAACGUGUGUGUCUAUACUUUAAAGCUUACCUUUUUUUUUUUUUUUUUUUUAAUUCCAUGCCUGUUGCAUUAUGGGAGAAAGCACUCGGAGUGGAUAUUCUGGGCGACUGGUGAAGACAAAAGCGUGACCCAGGCAUUCCACUCGGAGGCAGAUAACAUUCCUGUCACAUUCCCCGGGAAAUGCCAGGGAUUGGACGGAUUCAUGGGGCUGGCAGGCGACAGCACAGGAAACUAAAUUGGGGGGGGGGGGGACCUCUGCAUUCCUUCUUCAUAUGCCAAAGAAUGCCACUGUGACGGGGCGAGGGGCUGCGGCAAAGUCUGUUUGCAAAUAAGUUGUUUUUACCUCCACACAGAAACCGGGGGGCGAGCUCGGAUCGGUUUCAUCAGAACCUUCACUCAUCUGUCAUCAUUAGGUCUUUCAGUCUCAUCAAACCGUCUGUCUGAUGCUGCGGGAAGAUUCAACCAAAGUCGACAACACACACAACACCCGCAUGGUUUGUUCCAGAGCUUCUCGGAGCCUGUUCACUUCUGAGAUCUGAAAACAUACAUUUCUUUUUAAUAUUCGGCCCACCAAACGGACGCACCGGUUUCUAGACUUCAAUCAAUCACAUUAUCAUUUCCUGAGCUCGGAAAGCCACAGUAAAAAGAAAAAAAAAAGCUUAGCAUAAAACUGGGUCAGUCAAGCAUCUCUAAAGUUGACCUAUCUUGCUCUUUCAAAUUAUUAGGUGAAAUUCUUCCUAUAAACUCAACUCACGAGUGUUGCAAAACCUGACGAGAGCAAACAGAAUGACCUCUUAUCUGCAUGAAUACAGCAGGAUUAUGCCUCGCCAAUGAUUGACACAGGUUCAGUGAUGUGACCUCCCCAUAAAGCCAUGCUACAGUGUUCGGAGAUACAACAGGUGCUCAUUAAUUAACAAGCAAGUUAAAAAAAUAAUGUAGCAAAUAUGAUUCAUGGUGGAAAAAAGUAUUUUACCUUUCUGGUAAAGGUUGGGUCAGUUUACUGUGGACCGCCAUCACUGAUAGACCAUCGACGACCUUCAUCAGGGUUUUUAGUGAAAUUCUCCUGGGAAAUGUACAGCAAGAGAAAACUUCGUGCAGCAGAAAAUACUUUCUCACAGAAGGAACCCAUAAUGCCCGUCGAGCAUUAACGCUACCGCACGUCAGCAGCUGAAAGACGCCCACAUUCAGCCUCAACCCAGGUCCAGUGUCACCAAGCACAAACCGAAAUUGGCUUCGUAGGCGACGCCGUGUCAUCGGAAGACAACGGCGUCUUUGUUCCGACGGAGAGUGAAAACCUUGUCUCUCUCCGCGAUUGGGCUAAUAAUCCCACUGACGAACGGAGGGAGCUGAUAGUGAUAAUUAGCCUCGUGAUAAGAGCAGGGAGCAUUAACAGACUCUUCAGAUAUUUGGUAAUUAAUUUGCCCCCAGACUUUUACAAAAACACCCUACACACCCCGGGCAAGGUAUCAAAUUACUUCCUUCUUGCAUUGGCUGAUGGAGAUUUAAGCCCUUGUGUCCAAUUCAGGAAAUAAAGAAAAAUGAAAUGAGUCGUCUUCAUCUGGACGACUGGAUUUCUUCGGCGCUUCAUCCUUAAGACCUUUUUUCCCCGGCAUGCUUCACCUUGAUUCUUUUUCUGAUUCCUCCCUGCCCUCCCUGAUCCACCCAACGCUUUCUCGAGGGCAGUUUCUGUCAGAGUCGACAGAGUUCGACAGAACCAAGAAAAACUGAGUCAGUUUGUUUUACGGAGGCGGGUUUCCUAAAAUAUUGUACCCGUUUUUCAUCGUACAGAUAUCCGAGUUGACUGUGUGGUUUAAAAAAAGGACAAUUUAAAGCUACUGCUGUUUUUCCCUUAGUUUGACCAAAAGGCUGUGAGACUUCCCCAACGCUUGGCAUCAAAGAUAAAUGUUCUGGUCUUGUGAUGAGUUCAAAGUGAAGGAUCAAAAAGAUGUAAAUCUUCCAACACUUUAGUACAAAUACUAUAUUCUGGCCUCCUGUUAGAGUUGCCAGCCUACUGGAAUGGACAAUUUUGCGGGACUGAAGCUCGACGUUGACCUCUGUUCCCGUUGUCCUGCCCGUCGCCCAAACACUCGCUCGUCCCGAGGUUUAAUAUCGAAUCUGUCUCUCCUCACCUUCCCUCCGCCGCUGACAAGUGAUGAGUUAUUGCCUCGUCUCCUUGUGUCAGCGCGGGAGCCGUCUCCUGAUCGUCAUUACGCUCGGUAGCUCUUAUUGUCAACGGAGCCCGAAAUCGUGGGGGGAAGAAAAAAUAAAACCCAACAGAUACAUGAGACGAUUGAAACGUCUGGCAGAUUAUUUUCGUCAGGAAUCCUCCGCAUGUCAAGCAUCCACUUCAACCUGCCACUCAUGUUCAGUCGGCGCUCAGCGCUGCACUUUAAAUUCCCCCUCGCAUCUGAAGUUGAAUCGAGUUACUCGCAGAUCUCCAUCGAGUGUGAGCACAUUGAGUGACUGAUUACGCAACCGAUUGCUGGGAUUGGUCCCGUUCUCGCUCAGAUGUUGGUUUCCAAGUCAAGGAAACAUGUUGAACUAAAUCUGAAUGCAAGAUUUGUGAGUAAACGGUUCACGUUUUGGGGUUUGCACACUUUAUGCUGUAGGGUUCAUGGAGUUUUGUGACGCUCUGUUCGUCCGGGUGAACCAGAGUCCGGAACGCUGAUACCGCCGAGGCUCUUCACAGGCAAGAACCCCCAAAUGCGGCUGCUGGUGAGACCGCUUCGGAUCCGCUUCCGGCUUUUGCUUCCAACCUCCAAUCAGCAGAACGGUGAAACGCUUAAUGCGCCCCAUGAAUAGAUCCUAAUGAGAAGGUCAAGGCUCUGACCCUCGGACAGUCUGCCGGUGAGCUGCUAUUGUGUUUUAAAGUGAAAAAUCAGGCCUUUUAUCCAGGUUUACCUAAAAAAAACAAAGCAAGCCUUUGUGAGGAAAAGUGCUGCUCAUGCAAACAUCCAGGAGGUUACACUUGAAGCUUAAUUUGGCUUUGUGGACAUGUUUACAUACACACUUAUUAUCUGAUUCCCCUUGAUUAAGCUAUUGAUCCUGCUGUAGCUGUGCUCAUUUUAUGUGGGGUUGACAUUAUUUGAGGACAUUCGGACGCCUUGGGGGGGGGGGGGGGAACACUACUGCCAGUAAUUUCUUAACCUCUUUGUAAACUUUCAGUUACAAUUAGCGCAGCCACCCAGCGUCGUAUGGGAUCAUUCACAGCGCGGCACUCUACAGAUUAGCUUUUUCUGUCAAUGAGUCAAAAGGCUGCAAACUUGGAAAUUUGCUAUUAAAGAUUAUCAGUCAGUUCAUGAAAUAGAACUGAAAACUAAAUGUAAUUAAAGAGUCACGACUCAAAGAGUGGAGGGAAAAAAAAUAGCUGGUCUGUUUUUCCUUGUAGCAUUUAUUUCCUAAAAGUUUAAUUCAUUUGCAGCACUUUAAUUAGUUUAACUUCUUUUUUUUUAAAGUUCAUUUCCUGUGCUCUGUACAGCUUUAGUUAGCUUGUAGCCUAGCUAAAAACAUUAGAUGCAAUAUGUGGAGUUAUAGUCUUAAAAAGUAAAUGAUUAAAGCAGCUGAAGACAAGAGAAAAAUGUAUUUUACUGGCUCACUGCUCUUAAUAACAGACGAAACAGUUCUGCUAUAACACCAUUUUUGUUGAAAUCCUUCAAAUUAUUCUGUCUUGUGAAUCAUUUUUCAUAUGUCAAAUGCACGCAAUUUAAAAUUUUACAUCAUUCAUUUCAUGCACUUUGUAUUUGCGCGCAUUAGCUAGCAAGCUUGUAGCUAAUGUUAGCCGGCUAGCUAAACCAAUCAGUGCAGCAGAAACGAACAACAAUCAGUGAUAAGGAGGAAAAUAUGAGAUCAUUUAGCACUUUAUUUUACUGAAAUGUUGGAAGCAGUACACUGUUCACAGUGAAUUAUCAUAUUUGCUGAGCUGAAUUGGAGGGAUCGGUCAAAGCAGCGAAGCAGGGCGUCUUUCGUCUUUUUUUCAGGAAAGUCAGCAAGUCAAGUCAGGAGUUGACCGUGUUCCUUAAACUGCCGUCGCUUCAAAUAAAGCAUGUUUUUUCUUCAGUGGUUACUGAGGAAAUAGAGCGAUUCAAUAGAGCCGGGUGAAAAAAGUAAAGCUCAAACGUGCUGUAUUUACUUUUCCUGAUGAAAUUUUAGCGCGGCGGGUCAGCGGAGAAUGAAUUCCUGAAGCGACAGAGCAGCCGGCCUGAUGUUUCACCGCUUUUCACCCCGCCGUGAUUCGCUCGUGUUCAAUUAAGAGGACGCUACAAACAUACCUGCUUCCUGGUUUGGGGACGGCGUUGCUGCCCCGGCUCGUGUUGAAGCCAAACAGCUGCCAGGGCCUUACUAAGCCGGGGCCGGGUGAUCGAAUGUGACCUUUGGUCGACCGUUUGCUGGGACUGCACGUUCCGCUGGAUCUGUGGACAAAAGCCGAGGCGCCGACAGGUGUGUACGCUAAUGCUCGCUUCUCUGAAGCUGAAUAUUAUUCCUCAUCCUUUCCUCUCCGUUCAUCCGAGGUCACCAUCUGCUGCCCCCCUUCCCCCCCAAUCUUUCUUUUUUCACUCUGACAACUCAAAGCUGAACGAAUCGGAGGACUGAAAGAACGACGGGUUCGCUUCUCGGACUACAUUGAUGGCUCUUUGCUGAAAGCUGGCGCUCUGUUUAGUAAAUAAACAUGGAUCUUUAUUUUUAUUAUAUAUAUUUUUUUAAAUCUCUGAGGCUAUUAAAUCCAAGGCUGACACGCUCCCCUCCCUCCUCUCCGCACGGCGGCCCCACGCUCCUGAUUGUUGUUGGCCAUUGACACUCGAUGACCUUGUGAUGUUCCUCGAAAAGGCGCCGUUCAAUCUGUAAACUCCUGUUUUUCAAAAGCUGAAUGAGCCGCUGGAGUAAACAGGUCCCGAGUGAAAUGCUUCUUUGUGUGGUUAACUGUGUUUGUCGGUUGAAGAAACUGCUAAUACUUCGGAUAUUUUCCUCACCGCGUGACACAACGGAGUCCCACGUGAAUGAGGGGAACUUGGAGUGCUUCUGUUCCGAAGGAUUUCUGUUUCACUUUGGCUCCAAAGCGCCCCGUAGAGUUUAGACCGACUAGCUUAUAGAUCCAACAACAAGCAGGAAUUGGCAAGUUGAAUCCCGUAUCACAAGACCAGAACUCUUCUCGUUAAACUAAACUAAAGGUUCCUGAAUUACUGAGAAUCGCUGCUUCAUCCGGCAUUAAAAAAAUCAUCUCUUCACCAGAUAGGCAUAACAGCCUCUGGUUGGAACAAAGAUUCUUGAGCGGCAGGUACAAUGACCAAAAGAUUUAGCAUUUCAAGCAAAAUCAAGAUUCAAGCUGGAGAUUUUUAUCUGGUAACACUAGAAUUCACUCAAUUCGUCACUUUUUUGGGUAUUUGGUGGCACAGCCUUCUUUCUAAAGAAGACAAUGUUGAAUAAAAGUAAAUUUUCAUUGCAUUUCCAUCAGUGAAAACUGCUUCCAGAGACACCUGCUCUGAGAUUUCGCAUUUGACUCUUUGGAAACUACCUUUUUGGAAUGUGCAGUAUUGUGCAUGUACACUACAGUGUCAUAGUCGAGGUUUUUGUUUUGUGCAGAAAGAGUCCUGCACAUGCGCUUUUAAAUUUAACAGUGCUUCUCUGACUAGUAGUAUAUUUACUACAGCGUCAUCUGCAUAAGGGGAGACAUGUCUCACCUACAGCAGAUGUUCAGUUGGCCAAAACAAAAAAAAAAAAGGUAAAUAGAGCUUGAAUUACAAAAAACAAAAAAAAUCUAUUAACGCAGUGGUUAAACCUUCUAAAUGCUAAGCUUUUCUGGAUCAAUAAUGACUGCACAACAGAACAGAUUCAAGUCUUUAUCUUUCGUAGCUCCUGAUUUUAAGCUGCAUCCUCGUUCGGUUUUCAUCUUUCUUUUCUUUUUGGAAAAGGUCCAGCUGAUUUGAAUUAGAUCAAGCCUUUUCAGCAUCUAAAUGUAGUACAGUAUAAACACUCUUGACACAACAGUAGCAAAUGAAGUUUUUAAGGGCUAGCUUCAAGGAUGCUUUUAUUUUUGUAAUCCAAAAAACAGGCCGCUCCCUAAUCGAAUCAUGACUUUGCUCUGGGUGUUUUUUUUUUUUUUUUUGUCUUAAUACAACAAAACUCUCAGGACAGUAGAGGAAACGGUGACGAGCGGUUGUAAAGCUCCUUUUAACCCGAUUAAUGCCUUCCGAGCCAGUGAUACGGCGGGGCGGGGGUGGGGGGUCUUUGACUGAGGCUUGUGGGCGUUUAGCAGCAGGGGGUCUCUUUCAGGUGCUAAUAGAUGGGCUUAAAUAAGUGAAGUCUAAAUGAUCCACUGAGGCAAUUGGAAACGCUUUGGAUGGUACAAAUCCCCCGUGACGCACUGGUCAAAUCUCCACUCGCAGCAUCGUAGGACUGUAAAGAAAUAAAUAAAAAAAAGAAAGUCGACGCAGCUUCCUUCCAGCCGGCGGUGGACUCAGAAAUUCAAUGGGAGGUGGAUAUUUAUAAGUGGCCAUCUUUUUUUUUCUACACACUGGAUUAAAAACUAUUAACUUUCUCCCGGGAUGGGCGUGGACGCAGUCUACAUUAAGAUGAUGGAUCGACCGCUUCGUU